GCAGCUCUUUUCGUUGAACUUUUUGCCUUCAAGUCUUUUUACUCCUUCAUACGCAACAAUCGUUACAACACACCGUCACUCGUUAAGCUUCCCCCACUUCGUCGCCUAUAAAAUGCGGCUCUCACGUUCCCUCGCGGCCCUCGUUGCCCUAGCUGGCUUCUCCUCGGCAGAACCCAACGGCUGGUCCAAGACCAAGGAGGCCGACGACAGUCCCACCAAGCUUGACGACUGCGGGUGCUGGCCCAUCUACCAGGCCAUGCUGCGGUGCCAGAAACUAAAGGGGCCCAACGCUGACACCAGGGAAUGCGUGUGUAUCCCCAACCCGGACGGGUGGUACCCGUCUUUGGACGGCUGCCGCUACUGCCUAUCGCCCUCGGGCGAAGAUUUCUUCGACAAUGUGUCGCGCCUCGUCACACAGCUGUUUGUCUCUUGCACCAACGCCGGUGGCGGCGUUACCAGCGAUGGCGUGAGCAUCUGUGCCAGCAACUCUUAUCGCGAGGCGUGCGUCUCGCUCGGCACGGGCGGACGGGCCAGCUGGGCCAGCUUUGAGGAGUUUGAGUCGGGGACAAAGGGGAAUGCGUCUUAUGUGCUAGAUAUCGAGGAGUAUGGUGCCGACAAGGACGAGGACGCGUCGACGACAGGUAGUGCUGCAAAGACUACUGGAACUGCUGCAAAGACGACGGCUACGACGACGGCUACUACAACAGCUACCGAUUCUACUGGCACCACCGAGAUUUCGAGCACUGCCCUGGCCACUACUAUUGGUACUUGGGAUCUACUUCCUGAGAGCAGCGGCACGUCGGACAACGCCAAGGCGACAGCGACAGAGACCGGUCCAGCAUCGGCUACAACAGUCCCGUCUUCAGCCGCAAAGCUUACGAGUGAUAGGACAGUAGCAGCAGUUGUUAGAGGGGUGAUAAUAGCUGUGGUAAUUGGAACUGUAUUGUUUUAAUUGAUAGGGUGUCAUGUCUACUAAUUUUAUUCUUUUUGCCGUGUCUA